GGACCCACCGGAAGAAGCAGCAGCUUCAGCGCGAGCUGGACGCAGACCGACAAAACACCGGCAGCACGAGCGACACCGAGGCGGCCAGAGGGGCGGAGAGGAGGAGGAGGAGGAGGAGGAGGCACCUGCACCGCGACUCGUUCUCCCCCGCUGCCUCAGUCGUCUCUCCCUCUCUCUCUUCAGCUCUCCUCACCCAUCGUUCCUCUCGGACCGCCGCCGCUUCCUCGUUAAGAUGGCUGACCCCAACAGCGACGGAGACGUACCGGAGAGCGCGCGCGGCUUCGCCCGUCAGGGAGCCCUCCGACAGAAGAAUGUGCACGAGGUGAAGGACCACAAGUUCAUCGCGCGGUUCUUCAAGCAGCCCACCUUCUGCAGCCACUGCACGGACUUCAUCUGGGGCUUUGGAAAACAGGGAUUCCAGUGCCAAGUGUGCUGUUUUGUAGUCCACAAGCGCUGUCAUGAGUUUGUCACCUUUUCGUGUCCGGGGGCCGACAAGGGACCAGCCUCCGACGAUCCUCGUAGUAAACACAAGUUUAAGGUCCACAGUUACUCCAGCCCCACCUUCUGUGACCACUGUGGCUCCCUCCUCUACGGGCUGAUACACCAGGGCAUGAAAUGUGACCACUGUAUGAUGAACAUCCACAAGCGGUGUGUGGCCAAUGUCCCGAGCUUGUGUGGGACAGAUCACACCGAGAGGAGAGGACGCAUUCACAUCUCUGCCAAGAUCACUGAGGACACUCUCACUGUCAUCAUCAAAGAGGCUAAGAACCUGGUGCCCAUGGACCCAAAUGGCCUGUCAGACCCAUACGUCAAACUCAAACUGAUCCCAGAUCCCAAGAGUGAGAGCAAGCAGAAGACCAAGACCAUCAAAUGUUGCCUCAACCCCACCUGGAAUGAGAAGUUCACUUUCAACCUAAAAGAAAGUGAUAAGGACCGCCGUCUCUCAGUGGAGGUCUGGGACUGGGAUUUGACCAGCAGGAACGACUUCAUGGGAUCCCUCUCCUUUGGAAUCUCAGAGCUACAGAAACAAGGGAUAGACGGAUGGUAUAAGAUGCUGUCCCAGGAGGAAGGAGAAUACUUUAAUGUUCCUGUCCAGCCAGAUGGAGAGGACGGUAACGAGGAGCUACGACAAAAGUUUGAGAGGGCGAGAGUAGGUCCAGGGAAGCCAACAGACCCUUCUUCCUCCUCCUCAGUGUGCAAAUAUGACAGCAAUGGCAAUCAGGACCGUGUCAAGCUCUCAGACUUCAACUUCGUUAUGGUUCUGGGCAAAGGCAGCUUCGGCAAGGUGAUGCUGGCUGAGAGGAAGGGUACAGACGAGUUGUACGCCAUCAAAAUCCUGAAGAAGGAUGUGGUGAUCCAGGACGAUGAUGUAGAGUGCACCAUGGUGGAGAAGAGAGUCCUCGCUCUGUCUGGGAAACCACCUUUCCUCACUCAACUGCACUCGUGUUUCCAAACCAUGGACCGAUUGUAUUUUGUCAUGGAGUAUAUAAAUGGAGGCGACCUUAUGUACCAGAUCCAACAGGUCGGCAAGUUCAAGGAGCCUCAUGCUGUGUUUUAUGCUGCAGAGAUUGCCAUUGGACUCUUUUUCCUUCACUCCAAAGGUAUCGUGUAUCGGGAUCUGAAGCUGGACAAUGUGAUGCUGGACUCUGAAGGCCAUAUAAAGAUUGCAGAUUUUGGCAUGUGCAAAGAGAACAUGUUUGAUGGAAUUACCACAAAGACUUUUUGCGGAACACCAGACUACAUUGCUCCAGAAAUCAUAGCCUAUCAGCCUUAUGGGAAGUCUGUGGACUGGUGGGCCUUUGGAGUACUGCUGUAUGAAAUGCUUGCUGGACAGCCGCCUUUUGACGGGGAGGAUGAAGAUGAGCUGUUCCAGUCGAUCAUGGAGCAUCAUGUUUCUUACCCUAAAUCCAUGUCCAAAGAAGCUGUUGCUAUCUGCAAGGGGCUGAUGACCAAACACCCAGGUAAGCGUCUGGGCUGUGGCCCAGAGGGGGAGAGAGACAUCAAGGAGCACGCCUUCUUCCGCUAUAUAGACUGGGAAAAACUAGAGAAUAAAGAGGUCCAGCCGCCAUUCAAACCUAAAGCUAAAUCUCGCUGCGACGUCGGCAACUUCGACAAGGAGUUCACAAAGAUGGCGGUGGAGCUGACGCCCACAGACAAGCUCUUCAUCAUGAACCUGGAUCAGAACGAGUUUCAGGGCUUCUCCUACACCAACCCCGAAUUUAUUAUACAAGUCUGAGGAGUUCCUGUUGGUUAGACGCAGCCCGGACAAGAUUUUACUCCAACCCGUACAGCCCAGUUACAUUUCAUUGGAGAGUCAUACAGCAACUCAUUGGCACCACCUGGACUCAAACCACUCAUAUACAUGCAUAAGAAUCUUCCAGCUCAACCCACGCCAUUAUCUAAACUGGACAAUAAUCGUAAUCAUAAGCCACCACACUUUCUACACACUCACAUCUACAAAACGCACAAGCGGCAGAAUAAAAUACAAACUGCAGAUGGCCUUGGCUGCUGGUUGGUCACAGUGGGACUGACUGUGACCAUGUGGUAACAGGCCAGUUUCCGGAAAACUCCAGGCUUGUGUCGUAUUCACAGGACCUUGUGGCGAGCAGGCCAAUACAGCAGCUGACGAUCAAGAAUCACGGUGUAUGUGUAACUGUUUGUAUGUGCCGUAUCGAUCGACAACAGCGUGUGUUUGUUUACUUGACUUCCUUCUCUACGGCCUGUAAAAGUUGCGUCAUGAACAUUCCAUGAUCAAUAUGUCAUGUAUUUGCUCACACACACACACUCACAAAUACACGCGCACAUGUGUGUUUGCAGGCUGCGGUUUGAAGGGAAGGAAGAUUUUAAAUUAUGAAAGUCCAAGGCCCUGUUCUUCAAAUGUGGCUUAACUGAUUCGGGCUAAACAUGCUGUUUAUGAGGCUAAAAUAAUCCGGUUUGCUCCCAUCCAGCUAAUUUGGUUCUUUGAAAGCGGUUUGAGGAUUGAUUUGUUGAUCCUUGUGCCAUCAGUUGCAAGAGGGAGGUGUGUUGGGAUCCCUGCAUGCACUCGGGACGAUAGAUUCACGGACAUGAGUUGUCAUUUAAUUUGUGUUCCUGCAUUUUUCUGCCGACAAUUUUGUUCUGCAUGGGGCUCCGAAGUGUUUCCAUGCUUAACUCACUGUUAAGUUAGACAUGAUGAGUGAGUGUGGUUAGACUAUGAGGGAUGACGGUGUAUGAGUGGUGAGUUUCUGCCCAACUGACAUGCAAGAGACUUGAGAUAAUCGAAGGCCUGCUAUGAAAAUGAAACCUUACUAAAGUCUUGUAAAAAGCACAUUUAAAUUCUUUUUUUUUUGAUUUCUUUUUUUGCGAAGUGGGCUCUGCAGUUAAUCAUUGAAUAAUUUUUAGUGUUUAAAUUACAAAUUCCCAUUUUAAUGGGAAAUGAAAUAGAAUUUUUUCUUUUUGCUCACAAUAUCUCAAAACUGGGUUGAUUUUUAAACUUACAUUUUAUCAUGAAUAAGUCUAGGUAAUUAAAUUGUGAUAAUUACAUAUAACAUAAUUAUUUAUUCUCACAUUAUAAAUCUAAGAAAAUGAGACAUUUGUAUCUGAAAAUGAAUUCAUGCAUGGGAUUCAAUGUAAAUGUCCUGGUCAUGAUGUGUAACCGAGCUUUAGUGAGAGAACCCAGGUAAAUUUGUAAAUAAAGACAAAUGUGGAUUGCUAUUUUAAGAUGGACAGAUUUAUUGGUCCAAAAGAGUGUGCUUCCAAACAGAGCUUAAAUCCCAAUAAUUAUAACCCAACUAGGAUUACCUACGAACUAGUGAAAGAGGAAUCUCUAGGUUUCAAAUAGGAAAAAAACAGCGAUAAAAGUUUGUAAGAUGCCAAAGAAUUCCUGGGAAAGGGAGCCAGCAUAAAAAGGAGAGGCCAAAACCCUACCUAUGAUGUUGCACAGACACCCAAAACGCACACACGUGAUGAUUCAAAACAAGCAAUGGGGGGGCUACGGACACAGUGUGGAAUCUAUCAGCAAUAAACCUAAAAAAGAGGGGAUCACAAUUAUUAAAAUUACUGUAUUUGCUAAAAAGUGGUACAAAUAAAAAGUUAAAAAAUACAGCGUGAUAAGCUAGAGACAUCUACCCUAAAGCUGUCCAUCUGUUAAAAUACAAUAAAGCCCAGGCAACAGCUCAAACCAAUCUGAAUACAAUCUCAGGUUCUAACAUUGGUGACACAGGCCCGGUAUUCACCCUUCUGCCUGGCCAGAGCAAGUUUUUAAGACAGACGACAAAAAAAGGCAAUUCAUAGAUUUAAAAGAAUAAAAUACAUUCCAGGCUUGACUGUCUGCACAGAUGCAUCUUAGGACCCUUAUGGUGUCACCUAAAGCAGAAAAUAUAUAUAGAUAAAUACAAACACUUGUUAAAAUCACCUCAAAGUUUAAAAAUAUUCAAAGAUACCUGCCAUAACUACGCCUAAAGAGUGUUUCCAGGCGAGGGGGAAAGGACAGGGCUAAGUACCUUGGGUCAGGCAUUCAAGGACUGUCGCUCUGUCACACCUGCACUUUUGCAGGUUUGGGCUUAAGGGCUUCAAAGGAGGACAAAAAAAAAAAAAGACAAUCCCGGUUAAUGCUUUCCACUUAUGAAGAACAGGGCCCAGAUAUAUAACCUCAUGUCCAAGUUAGUCUUGAACUUAGUCUUAAGCAAGUCUCGUCUUCCAAAUUGAUGCAUAAAAAAAAGAAAAAGAAAAAAAAAAAAGACAAAUCCCCCAAAUGCCUGUUUGGCAGUGACAUUUGAAAAUGUCUGUCUUUUUCUCUUGCUUAAUCUCUCUCUCUCUCUCUCUCUCUCUCUCUCUCUCUUUUCUCUUCAGCACUGUGUAGGCAGUGGGUUAGUGCUGUGUAGGCCUAUACAGUCUCUGUGGUGCAGCUCCUCUAUGCAUGCCAUAUUUGGUGGUACAGUAGUUCUUUAAGAUGCUUUUUUUUUUUUUUUGACAUCGUGGAGGAGAAGAACUCGCGGUGUCUCGAAUUUAGCGAUGCAAGUCAGUUUUGAAAUAUCCAUGCUCAGAUCAAGUUUUAGUUUCCACCCCGAAUGCCGUGUAUGCUAUCUCUGAGUUUGCUUUACAAAGUAUGGAGCAAAGACUGGCCGUCUGUGAAAUCAACAUAUAAAGUAGAUGUAUUAAUUCUGUAUGACUUGUGUUCCAGUGUAUGUGUAAAUAGGAAUGGGAUCUAGAGCUAGAAGUGGUUUUCAUGUCAUGACACAGUUGUCUACCAUUCCUCAAAGCCCCAUCUCCCUUUCUCUCUGCUCUUUACUCCUGCCAGCACUCUCAGCUGCCUUUUUUUU